GCUCACCUCUCUCUCUCUCCCUCUCCCACUCUUUCUAUCUCUCACUCUCUCUCUUUCCCUAUUUUUCUCUGUUGGAGUUCUUUCAUUUAUGUGUUGACGUUGUUUCAUUUCAACUGGGAAAGUUGAUCGAUCGAAGCCAUAUAAAAUGGCGGCAGCAACCUCCGGAAGAUCGCUGGAGCAAACGCCAACAUGGGCCGUCGCCGUCGUCUGUUUUGUUUUGGUUCUUAUCUCAAUCAUCAUUGAACAAAUAAUCGAACUUGCAGCAAAGUGGUUGAAGAACAAACACAAACGAGCUCUCUUUGAAGCACUAGAAAAGGUCAAAUCAGAGCUUAUGCUAUUGGGGUUCAUAUCGCUGCUGCUGACCGUCGGGCAGGGACCGAUAUCGAACAUAUGCAUAUCGCAGAAAGUGGGGAACACGUGGCAUCCUUGUAAGAAGCAGGAGGAGGCUAAGACCGAAGAUGAAGAAGAGAUCGAAAGCCCCAGUCGGAAACUUCUGGCGGCGUUCGAAUCUGGUUAUGGAGGUGGAAGCGUACGCCGCGUUUUGGCAGCUGCUGGCACCGACAAAUGUGCAGCCAAGGGAAAAGUUCCAUUCAUAUCUGCCGACGGUAUUCAUCAACUCCAUAUAUUUAUCUUCGUCUUGGCCGUUUUCCACGUACUCUAUUGCAUCCUCACUAUGGCUUUAGGUAGAGCCAAGAUGAGAAGUUGGAAGAGGUGGGAAAAGGAAACAAGGACGGCUGAGUAUCAAUUCUCACACGACCCGGAGCGAUUCAGAUUUGCAAGGGAUACUUCUUUCGGAAGGAGGCAUUUAAGUUUCUGGACCAAAACACCUUUCCUUAUGUGGAUUGUUUGUUUUUUCAGACAAUUUGUUAGAUCAGUUCCCAAAGUUGAUUACUUGACCUUGCGCCAUGGGUUUAUCAUGGCACAUUUGGCUCCUCAAAGCCACCAACAAUUCAAUUUCCAAAAGUACAUAAACAGAUCACUCGAAGAGGAUUUCAAGGUGGUUGUGGGAAUCAGCCCUCCAAUUUGGUGCUUUGCCGUGAUUUUCCUACUCUUUAAUACUCAUGGCUGGUAUUCGUAUUAUUGGUUACCCUUUAUCCCACUAAUUAUUAUUCUAUUGGUCGGUACAAAGCUACAAGUGAUCAUAACCAAAAUGGGUCUCAGAAUUCAAGAAAGAGGAGAAGUUGUGAAGGGUACACCAGUUGUUCAACCUGGUGAUGACCUUUUCUGGUUUGGCCGCCCCCGCCUCAUUCUCUACCUCAUCAACUUCGUUCUCUUUCAGAAUGCAUUCCAGCUUGCUUUCUUUGCAUGGAGUUGGUAUGAAUUUAGUUUGAAAUCUUGCUUUCAUGAGCACACUGAUGAUAUCAUCAUCAGAGUUUCAAUGGGGGUCCUCAUACAAAUUCUCUGCAGUUAUGUGACUCUCCCGCUUUAUGCCCUUGUCACACAGAUGGGCUCUACAAUGAAACCAACAAUCUUCAAUGAGAGAGUAGCCACAGCACUACGCAACUGGCAUCACACGGCUAAGAAGCACAUCAAACAUAACAAAGGCUCCGUAACCCCAAUGUCUAGCCGACCAGGCACCCCAUCUCACCACGCAUCCCCCAUCCACCUCCUAAGGCACUACCGCAGCGAGGUGGAUAGCUACCACACAUCACCGAGAAGAUCUAACUUCGACGUUGAACAGCGUUAUGAAACCGACUCACCAUCCCCCUCGCACCACCUACACAUCGAUGGCGUGUUCUCUAACCAUCAUAAACACCAAGUCGAAGUAGGAAAUGUGGAGCAUGAUCGGGUGGAUGUCAACGAACCCAACUCUGUUAAUGCUGCUCCUGCCCUAAAUAGAGGUUCGCAAUCAACUCGCGACCAAUACGAAGUUAAUAUUGGACCGCCUAAGGACUUCUCAUUUGAUAAGGGACAAGGUACUAUAUAACUAUGGUCGGGGACAUACGCGUUGGUCAUUGAGUUGCAUUGCCAUUAGAGGUUGAUGGUUGCAGCGACCAUGACGAUGAUGAUUACAACCACGACGGCGAUGCUGUAAUUGAAUUCACUUGGGUAGCCAUAGAUUUGCAAUACCUUGUAUAUUUUCAUAUACACUUCUAAACUUGUUUACUUACUUCAACAUUUGGCCGGAAAUGGAUAUGAAUACUGUAGUGAACAUUAUUUUACUACAUGUCUACAA